AUGGGAGGCAGAGAAGCGAAGAAAAGAGGGCCAAGUCCGUUUGCUUCACCCGAGCGUUUGUGUUUAAUAGAAGAAAGUAUUCCCGGUGAUGAGAAAGCCUCGGCGGUAAGCUCAGGUACCAAUAAGAGAGCCUCAAGGAUCAAGAAGAAGUACAAAUUUACUCCACUUGACACCAUCAGCGACAAAAAAGAUAAGAAUUCGGUGCAACCUGGAUCUCUGCGAUCCAUUUCCUUGUCACAAGUGCGGAAAUCCACAAUUGAUAAAAGCUACGCCGCGCGUUUCUCGCGAGACGAUGCGGCUUUCAAAGCUACAGUAGCCCUCAGACCUUUGAACGGGGUUCAGGAAACUGAUUCUAAACUGCAUAAAGAUACAAAUAGGCCGGAAGAAGUGGUUUGGCAAUAUUCGCCGAAAAAAAAUACGAGGAGUGAUGCAGGCUCAGAGUUGGACCAUGAAUAUCGAUCGCUUUCUGAAGAUAGCGUAGUGGAGCAAGCUGUUAAGGAAUCGUCCACUCCAAUUGUUCCAAACAAAUACAGGAAUGUGUUGAAUUUGCGACAUGUUGAUCAGGUUCAAGGGGAAGAAACUGCUAGUCUUGCGUCAAGAAAUCCCUCGCUGCAAAAAAACUCACUUCCGAGGUCUUACGAUAAUCUGUCACCCUCCAGGCCCUCUACGCGCGACAUUGAUGAGAUAAUCAAUGAUUUAGAGUGUCAUUCUGGCUUGAAACCACCUUUUCAGGCGAAGGAUAUACCUUCCUCACCAACCUUGUCCUUUUCAGAAAGAGCACAGGUCAAGGAUGCACAAACAAACCCACAAAUGCACAUUACAAAAAGCCCACCUGAGCAAAUUUCACGUCUUCAAAAAGAAAACCAGCCUGCCUAUGAAGUUAUACGCGAGCGAAGCAAGACUCCCAACUCUCUGCUUUCAUCACCCGCGACUAGAGUAUCAGUGGAGAACACUGCUGAUGUACAAAAGGGGAAGAGUAACCACGAAGCUUCCAUCAAUGGCGCAGGCGAGGCCGGUGAUGACGACGCCCGGGAAAAUGAGGGAACUAACGACAAUAGUGAAAUGAAUAAUGACAAUGAUGAUGAGAGCGAAGAUGAUGACGAUGAAGACUGUUCAUUGAUAGAAAUCUUGACGCAGAAAUUUGGAGCCAGUGAAAGUAACAAGCACACGGCAGCUUCUUCGAAAAGCAUUUCAAACUCGAUUUCCAAUUCUUGCGACUUAUCUUCAGACGACGCAAUCGAUGAUUCUUUGCUUGAACUGUUACAAUCUGCCGAUAAAACACCUACGACUGCUUUACACCGAAAUGAAGAACUGGAGUCCGAAAUUCAAGUAGUUGAGCAACAAUUCUCCCAAACGCUUAAUGUAAAGGAGCAAAAUCUAGAGAAGCCAAACAUUGGAGAGGAUCUCUUAGAGCGGGCGCAGUUUGCUGCUCACAGGAAAGAUAUGAACAGGUUGGUGAUUGUGGAGAUCGAAGAUCAUCAUCUAAGAAGCAGCAUCAGGCAAAAGGUUCUCAAAUGCGUGGAUAGCGAGAGUAAAAUAUCCAACCUUGUGGUACGAACACCAUGGGUGGAUUUACCUUUUGAGCGGGGUGACGUUGUUCAUACUAUCCCAGGGCGUAAUUCUGUUAAUAAAAGACUAUUUUCCAAUGACAAGGAACCAGGAACGGAGAAGUUGAAUGAUAAUCUGUUAAUCCUCAACCCCGAUAUCCUUCUAGCGGCUACUACAAUCGGAAAAGCAGUGGAAUGUCAACGAAAAUCCAUAAUCGCUACGCAAUUUAAUGGGCCAGGUGAGGCAAGUCUGCCAGCUUUGAUUGGGUCCAUUGUUCAUGAACUACUUCAGGCAUGUCUUCAGUACAAGCUCGACCAUCAUAACCUGCCAGAUGAUUUUGUGAAUACCAAACUUAAGUCUCUAUUAGAGUAUUACGCUGCAGACAUAACUCUUUGCCAGACCACUCAACAGCAGCUCUCGGAACAGAUUGCACAAGAUCAUCUCAUGAAUAUCAAAGAGUUCACGAGGAAAUACGUGAAAAGCCAAGAAUACGUCAAAGCGCUCGGAAGAAAUAAAGUGCCUUUUGAAAUCUCCAAUAUUAUCGACAUUGAGGAGAAUAUUUGGUCACCAAUGUAUGGACUUAAAGGAUUUAUCGACGCAACAGUGGAAACGCGAUUCCCAAACAAUUCAAGAUACAUUUCGCCAUUGGAGCUAAAAACCGGCAAGACAAAAGCCAUAAGUCAUGAGGUACAGGGAAGCAUCUACACGCUACUGCUGAAUGAUCGUUACGAGCUUCCUGUCAAUUUUUUUCUUUUAUUUUACACUAAGUCGAAUGACUUCAGUAAGCAAAACACCUUACUUACUUCUAUCAAGCAUCUGCUUGUGCUGAGAAACCGCGUUUCCGCGUUUUUGAAACAUGAACUAAAAGAAAUAGCGGGUACACAGUGGAAUGGUACUAUUCUUCCACCAAUUUUGCGUAGUUCGGAGUGCGAUAAAUGCUAUUCAAAAACAGAGUGUAUGGUUCUGAACAAGCUCUGUGACGAUGGAAAUGCAGCUGAUAGCGGCCUCAAAGAUGGUGAAUAUGAUGCGAUCACAAGUCAUCUCCAAGAGAAUAAGAGUCGAUACAAGGACUUUUACAUGAAGUAUGAGGACCUCAUAGUGAAAGAAGAGUCGAGCCUGAACGGUGUCAACAGAAAAGUUUUCCUUCUUGACAGUCGAACCAGAGAGUCGGUAAGCGGAAAGUGCCUAAGCAGCCUCCGCAUCAAGAGCUCAGAAGACUACGAAUUUAACAAGCAAAUCUUAUACACCUUUGUGAGGAAAGAUGGAAACUCGAAUUUACCGCUUAUGACAGCAUCACAACUGUCAGUUAAUGACAUUGUAAUAAUAAGUGAUGAAUCUGGUCAUUUUGCGCUCUGCACUGGCCGUGUUACAGUAAUAGCCCGGCAUGAGAUUACCGUAAUGACCUCGAGAAGAAUAGAGAACAACAAUAUUCAUGUACCUGGAUUUGAAAAAGAAACAAAUCAGACACUGAGAACCGUUCUCAUACCUACCUCUGAACCAAACCAAACUCGCCAAGAUAGUUUGAGCUACCGGAUUGAUCGAAAUGAGGUACAAAGGGGAAUGGCUAUGGCUAGGUUCAACCUUCUCAAUCUUUUUCUUCCUCCAGUUCCUAAAGGCUCGAUUACAAUUGAUGAGGUCACCGGGAAAGAAAUUGAGGUCAAACCAUCGCUGGGCGGUGACAUGAGAUCUCGAGAAUUUCUGAUUGACGAUAAAGCGCCUAAAUUCAGAUCAGGUUCUGAUCCACCUGUUGUAAAUUACAAAGAUAAAUUAAGUGCCGCAUUUAAUGUUGAUCAGCAAGCUGCAUUCAACAAGGUCAUGAGAGCAGAGGAUUUUGCUCUGAUCUUGGGUAUGCCCGGCACCGGUAAAACGACCUUAAUCGUCGAAAUUGUCAGAACUCUUAUUGGGUGCGGCAAGAGCGUUUUACUGACCUCAUACACUCAUUCUGCCAUUGACAAUAUUCUAAUCAAACUCAAGCAAUACAAAGUUGACAUACUGAGACUCGGCGCCAAGCACCGUGUGCAUCGAGAAACGCAAGAAUUCAUCCCCGACUUAUCUGCUGUCAAAAGUUUCAGUGAGCUUGUGGACUUGGCAGAAAGAGCUCCUGUUGUUGCCACUACGUGCCUUAAUAUCUAUGACACCCUGUUUUCGGUGAGACGAAAAGACUUUGACUAUGUCAUUGUAGAUGAGGCAAGUCAACUAUCAUUGCCAAUGUGCUUGGGACCCUUGAAAUUUGCACCUAAAUUUGUUCUGGUAGGAGACCAUUAUCAGUUGCCGCCUUUGGUUAAGAACAGUGCAGCGCGAGCCGGCGGAUUAGAUGAGUCUUUGUUCAAAAUUUUAUGUGAGAAACAUCCUAACAGCAUGGUAGAGCUGACAUACCAGUAUCGGAUGUGCGAAGAUAUCAUGACUUUACCUAACUACUUGAUUUACGACGGGAAGCUCAAAUGCGGAAAUGAAGAAGUGCGUAAACAAGAACUUAAUACCCCGACGAUUGCAGAUUUGAUGAAAUUGCAGAGAUUCAAUGCAUCAGACACUUGGCUGGUCAAUGUGAUAGAAAAAAAACGGAAGGUUAUUUUUUUGGAUCAUGAUGAGUGUUCGAGCUGUCAAGAGACUGGAGAGCGGGAUAACAUCACAAAUCUUGGUGAAGCAGAAGUGGUCUGGCAAUGCGUUGCGGGUCUGGUGAAAAGUGGGGUGCAGAGGAAAGAUAUAGGUAUCAUGACCUUAUAUCGUGCACAACUUCGACUGUUGCGAGCAAUAUUCAGUGGCGAAGAGGAUGCGGAGCUAGAAAUCCUAACUGCAGAUCAGUUUCAGGGUCGCGACAAAAAGUGUGUGAUCAUAUCGAUGGUUCGCAGUAAUGACGGUGUCAGUGGUGGAAGUUUGCUGCGGGAGCUGCGACGGGUGAACGUUGCGAUGACGCGGGCCAAGGCCAAGCUGCUUAUUGUGGGGUCAAAGCGCACAAUUAGCUCCGUGGACACCAUUCGCGGGUUUAUGGAAUUGCUCGAAACGCGAGGUUGGAUAUACACGCUUCCUGCAGACUGUUUACAGUGCUACAAUUUGCCAAGGAAAACCGGGUCUAAGAGGUCAACAAGCCAACAGAAAAAAACAAGUCUAGCCAUAUUACGGGCGACUCAAAGUUUGCACAAAACAAACCCAUUGUGCGUGACGUGCUUAAUGGGAUGUGAGUCGACAAUGACUCUUUUUAGAGGUCUUUCCCCAGGUAGGCUGUGUGACAAGCGCUUAUGA